AUGGUCAUGAUGUUCAUUUGGCAACAUAUCGUCUGCCGGUUCGGCAUCCCGCGCCGUCUUGUCUCUGACAACAGAAGACAGUUCGCCGGGCAGAGACUCAGGGAAUGGUGUGAGGGAUACGGCAUCCAGCAAGCUUUCACCUCUGUAGCAUACCUUUACAGCAACAGCUGGGUCGAUGAGCUCCCCAGUGUACUGUGGGUGAUUCAUACGACUCCCAAGGAAGGGACCGGGGCAACUCCUUUCCACCUGGUGUAUGGCGGAGAAGCGGUCGUCCCCGUCGAGGUCGGCUUUGAAUCCGAUUGGAUACAAUACUACAACGAGGACAACGCCGAGCGAAGGCUCUUGGAGCUGGACUUGGUGGAAGAGGUGUGCGCCAAAGCGACAGUACGGCUGAUGGCCUACUAG